GCCGCCCUACUCCAAGACAGGAGAUGGGGAAGACCCUGGUGUGGAAAACCGUGUCGAUUCACAACAUACUUGUUGAUCUUCUCUAUUAAAAUAGAAGGGCGUCAUCCUAAUCGGACUAAAUCAGUGUAUAGGAGGAUUCUUAUCUAACCAAAAGACGGAGGAGAUCCAGAGUGCUACGGAGGCAACACCGUUUGAAACGGAAUGGAUCACAAACCGUGCCGAGAGUAUGCUAAUUAACCUAAAGCCGUUUCCUCAUUUUUCCUCGGAUAUUUAAUGUUUUCAACUCUGCCUCUCCAUACGGUCUGAUGAGCAAACCUAAAGUUAAGAUUCAAGGAUGAAAGAAAACAAGCACAAAUGUAGACUGUAACUUUUCCCCAUCCGGAUCUUGCCUGUUGGACAAAUUGGAACUCGGUGGAACUCUCGUUAGUUCAAAAUGGAGAAAUCCUCAACGGGAUUGAAUAAGAAUGGCUCGCGAUCGACCGCAUCACUACCCCCGGAACCGGCAUACAUAAUCCACAGCAAGUCAUGCUACCGCCGGGUAAGGCUCAACGUUGGGGGUCUUCCACAUGAGGUCCUCUGGCGAACGUUGGAUAGGUUACCACGCACCCGGUUAGGGAAACUACGAGACUGCAACACCCACGACUCACUCAUGGAGGUAUGUGACGACUACAACUUGGAUGAGAACGAGUACUUUUUCGACCGGCACCCAGGGGCGUUCACGUCCAUUUUGAACUUCUACCGGACCGGUAAGCUCCACAUGAUGGAGGAGAUGUGCGCCCUGUCGUUCAGUCAGGAGCUGGACUACUGGGGCAUAGAUGAGAUCUACCUGGAGUCCUGUUGCCAGGCCAGGUACCACCAGAAGAAAGAACAGAUGAACGAGGAGCUCAAAAGAGAGCAAGACACCUUGAACGACAGAGAGGGAGAAGAGUUCGACAACACAUGUUGUGCUGAGAAACGAAAGAAACUCUGGGACCUUCUGGAAAAGCCCAGUUCAUCUGUCGCAGCUAAGAUCCUAGCCAUCAUCUCCAUCCUUUUCAUUGUCCUCUCCACCAUCGCCCUGUCCCUCAACACCCUGCCUGAGCUGCAGGACACAGAUGAGUUUGGCCAUGCCUCAGACAACCCCCAGCUGGCCCACGUAGAGGCCAUCUGUAUAGCCUGGUUCACUAUGGAGUACCUCCUCCGCUUCCUCUCAUCCCCCACCAAAUGGAAGUUCAUCAAAGGUCCCCUGAACGUGAUUGACCUGCUGGCCAUCCUUCCUUAUUACAUCACAAUCUUUCUGACAGAGUCCAACAAAAGUGUUCUACAGUUCCAGAACGUCCGGAGGGUGGUUCAGAUCUUCCGGAUAAUGCGCAUCCUGAGAAUUCUGAAGCUGGCACGUCACUCCACGGGGCUACAGUCUCUAGGUUUCACCCUGAAGAGGAGUUACAACGAGCUGGGUCUACUCAUCCUCUUCCUGGCCAUGGGCAUCAUGAUCUUCUCCAGCCUAGUCUUCUUUGCCGAGAAGGACGAGGAUGACACCAAGUUCAAAAGUAUCCCUGCCUCCUUCUGGUGGGCCACCAUUACUAUGACCACGGUGGGCUACGGGGACAUUUACCCUAAGACUUUGCUUGGGAAGAUUGUGGGGGGUCUCUGUUGCAUUGCAGGGGUGCUGGUGAUAGCCUUGCCCAUCCCCAUCAUCGUCAACAACUUCUCUGAGUUCUACAAGGAGCAGAAACGUCAAGAGAAAGCUGUGAAGCGUCGGGAGGCACUGGAGAGGGCGAAACGCAAUGGGAGCAUUGUCUCCAUGAACAUGAAGGAGGCAUUUGCCCGCAGCGCCGAGCUGAUGAACGUGGUGGUGGAGAAGAGCGAGAGGCUGCUGACGCAAGACAACCACCUCUCACCCAGCCACUGGAAGUGGACUCCAAAGCGGGCUGCCAACGCCUCAGAGACCAGCUCGGCCCACUCCUUCAACCCUGUGGAGUCCCAGAUGGGUUCCCCCAGCAAGGCCAGGGCCUCCAGUCCUCAGGGGCUCAACGCUCAGAAGCUGGAGGAGAUGUAUUACCAGAUGGCCAAGACCCAGUCACAGCCCAACCUCAACGCCAAAGACAACAGCUCCAGGGCUGGCAGACAGAGGGAUGAGAUUGAGCUGGGGGCCAUCCCUGGAGGUCCAGGGGACCCUAUGCUAGGGGGUCAAGAGGGCGUGGGGGACAUGAAGAGCCUGUCUAGUAUUGACAGCUACAUCAGCUGUGCUGCAGACUUCCAGGAGAAUCCACGUGGUGUCUACCCCCUAAGUCCAGCCUCCGGCCUGGCCCUCCUUGCCCAGGAGACCAGCCGCUUCUCCCGUAUCAGCCCAGCUACGGCCCUCUCUGGGUGGGUCAGCACCAACCCUGGCCUCCAGACCACCCUGGAGCAUGAGUUUUUUUCUGCUGCAAAAAACAUAGUCUCGGACAACACUCACAACUUCAACAAACCUUUGAAAGGUGGCAGCCACUCCUACAAGGUGAAGUACCAGAGCAGUGGAGGGGAGUCGGGGCCAGGACCAGGUCGGUUGCCCAGCAACGGUGAUCCUCUCUCAGGCAUCUCCAUCCUGUCUGACCGCUCCCUGCUCAGCCCAGAGACGUCCAUCUACACCACGGCCAGUAGCAGGACCCCACCCAAGUCUCCGGACAGCUCCACCCUGACCACGGCCCCGACCUCCACCCCGGCUGUCUUCACCUUCCAUGACUCCUCCAUCAGUAAGUACAUUGACGCCGAUACAGAUGACGACGAGCACCUGAGGGACAUGUCGGAUGCCACAAGCCCCUCAGAGUGCCUGCUGGCCGGCUCCAGUGCCCCCAAAUGCAGCCGGAACAUCAACAGUGGCUACAACCAUAGAGGCAUCAACCACCUGGCAUCAAGCACCACCCAGCGAAUGCUGGGUCAGAACUGCCUGUUCCCCAGCCUGGAUGGGGGGACGCGGGGGAGCGGGGGCCACAUGGAGAACAAUGUGGUGCCGGAGCUGCCCCGCAGGCCCAAAGGGGACAGAGGAAAGUCUAGUACCAUUGACCAGAGCCUCUGAGCUGCAGAGGGACAUCCAGGGACAUCCAGAGAGACACGGACUAGCCGUGUGAGGAAGGCGGAGAAAGAGAAAGUGAUAGAGAGAUAGAAAGAGAGAGAAAGAAAGAAAGGGAAGGAAAGAGAGACACACUGUGCCAAGUCCCUUUACAAACUUACAGAAAGGGUCAGGAAAUGAGAGAGAUUCAGGGCAGAGUUUGGGCUGUGGUGUGGUGUUGAAUACUCUGGGAAAAGACUUGUAGAAUAGAUCGAGAACACCACUCUCCCUCCCUAUUAGCCACAGUACACUAGCUACCACAAAACUGGGCAGAGCACUCCCAGGGACCCAUCUGAGCAGGGGCCCCACAGGGAGAUGUAGGAGUAGGUCAAAGGUCAAAGCAGAGCAUGCUGGGAUGGGAAAUGGUCUGUUGGUUGGGGCUGUGGUGGUUCAGGUCAAUUCAUUGGCUCUGGGGUAGGGGGAAAGAGGUGAGGCAGAAUGGAUGAAGGGGGGAACUGGGAGGCGGGGAAGAGCAAGGAGAGAUUCAUGUUGUGAGCAUAGGGAUAGAAAGACAAUCAUCCCCUAUAUUCUCCUACAGUUCUACCUAUCUCAGGUGACCACUGUCCCAUUCAUGCCUGAGCCCCAGCCCAGCUCACACUGUAGUAGGGAUUCCAGAAGAGGAGUUACGGUAGACUACAAUAAGCUACUUACUAGUGCCCCCCCAGCCCCAAACCUGGCCUUAGUCAUAUGUGUGUGUGUGUGUGUGUGUGUGUGUGUGUGCGUGUGUGUGCAUGCGUGUAUGUUUAAAGGAUAAUUUAUGUAUCCACAUUUUGAGAUUGUCUUACCUGAUUAAUUUAUUUUUAUAUAGAUAAAGGAGGUUACCUAUAUGAGUCUUGGAUUUACUAGUCUGUUGUGUCAUGACCAUAUCUGUUUGAGUAUUUCUGUAUGGGAUAUUUCUUCUUGUCAGACAGUUAUUGGAGAUACAAUCCAGACUUGUUUUAGGGGAAACCAGUCUGUGAGUCUUGUUCUUCUUGGUACAGUUUGUUUAUCUCGUGGUGAGAGUAGAGUACCACAUCUGAUCUUCCAUUUCUGUCUGUGAAUAUGUCUUGAUUGUCUGUUGUUUUGUGUUACACUGAGUUUGAGUCAGAGGGGAAUGGUUAAAAGAAUCUGUACAUUUUGGUAUGAAAGUGAGGAAUCAUAAUCAUCCCUGAAGAUUUGUGCACCAAGCACACAUUUAGGAGAGCUCUGCUCCAAGGCAUUCAUGUACCGAACAGCCUGCCGCUUCCUCCUAGUCAUACCACCAAGACACAAGGGUUCAAAAGAAUCGCUUCAGAUGAAAUGCUGAGAUGUGCAAAAUAAAAAUAACCUGUUUAUUUUUGUGGUAUUUUAUAAAGAAUGUGGUGAAUGGAUUUAUGAAUUUAUAUUUCCAAAUCCAAGCAAACAUUUAGGAUAUAUGCUCAUAUUAAAACAGUGUGAAACAUUGAUAUACAGCUGCCAGAACAUGCAGCAUCAUCAAUUUCCUUUAUGAACAACAUAAAAAGACUGAGUGUUGAGAGAGAGGGUGGA